AUGGCAACAGGAAAUUCUGUUUUGAAUUGUACAAAUUCACAUUUGGCGAAUACAAGAGAUUUGUGCGCGUUUGUGAUUGUAUCGGAUAAAUCGCUUGGCUCGGGACUGAGACGGAUAUCCGCAGUGACGGGUGCAGAUGCUGAACGAGUGGUGCAGAAAGGAAACGAUUUAAGAGAGCGCAUUUCGAAGUUGAACCAUUCCAACGACAGUUUCGAUCGAGAUUCGGCAAGCAUUGAGAAGGAACUUAAAUCAAGUAUUGUACCGCUAUUGUACCGAGGCGAGUUGUACGGUUCGUUGAAACACCUGAAGAAAGAGGCACAAUCGUUACGAAAAAAGUUGAGACGAAGGAAGGCAGCUACGAUAGGAAAUGACAAUAAUAAUGGUAAUGAUGAUACGAGAAGGAACGCUUAA